UUCUAUGAGCUAAAUGUAAAUAUUUAGUUGAAUUUUGUAGCCACUUGGAGCCUAAAAAAGGAAGUGAAUCAAAUGGUCCAGAUUUCAUGUUAAUGCCAAUGAGUCCACUAUAUUUGUAUAGCCGUCGACUUUUAUGAAGGUAAAUGCUGAAAAGCAGUGUGCCAAUGAAAAGCUUCUACAAAAUUAGCCCUGAUUUCGGUUUUUCAGGCAGCUGGCUGAGGUCUUCGAGACUAUGCAUUCAUUCAACCCUGUGUAUGUCGCAGGGGCAGGACGUCGACGAAUAUUGAGUGCCCAGUCAGCUGCCUCAAGCCCCCAGUCGCCAGCUGUCGAAAGUCCCCAGGCAACUACAAGUAGGGGCAGCACAGCAGAUGACGUGAUGGAGCUGCACCCAGGCAGUCCAUCACCACAGCUCAGUCCAGCACAGCAGCCCAGUCCAGCACAGGAGCCCAGUCCAGCCCAGCAACCACCACAGGGCCCUUCAGCAAGGCGACCCCGACAGGACCCAAACCGGGUGCUUAUAGAGGGUUUUUUAAACUACCUCAAACAGGCCGAAGAGAAUAGAGAAAGGCGCCACAACGAGGUCAUGGCGAUCUAUCAGGAGGCUGUCACUGCUAUGAAGCAGGUGGCAGAUGUUAUUGUACAGCAGCAUCAGCAGCAGCACCCUGCUCCUGAUGACUUGUAAAUAUUUAAACUAUAACAUUCAUUCUAUUUAUUUUAUCGGACCUUUUCAUUCAUAUAAAUUCUUAUUUUUCAUUUAUUAUAUAUUGCUCUUUUGUGCCUUUAAUUGUUGUGUCGUCUAGUCUUUCCUUAAUAUUUCAAUUAUAAUAUUCAUUUUAUUUAUUUCAUCACACCUUUUCAUUCACAUAAGUUGUUAUUUUUCAUUUAUCAUAUAUUGCUAUCUUGUGCCUUUAAUUGC